AUGAGUGCCACUGAAUCCCCCUCCUCCUCAUCCGCCCCUUCCUAUCCUCUCACUCCCGAGGGCUUCCGCAACAUGUACUUCGACUCGCUGAAUAUCGCACCACAAAUCAUCCAACGCCAUGACUGGGGCGAUCUAGAGCCCACCAUCCAGGCCUCAUUGAAACAGGCCAAGCAAGAUAUGAGGAUACAGCUUGAGCGCACCCUAUGCAUCGAGCCGGAUGGCCAGAUCAACGGAUCCGAGCGCAUACUCCGUGACAACCUCCUCGGCAACGUUGUGGACGGGAUCUCCGACCUUGCCGUGUUCUACUCGAGGUAUGCGCCCGAGAUCCUUGAGAGUACCGGGAUCACCGCGGCGUCCAUCAAGGAGAUGAUCCUCUACAACCCCAAUGUGCAUGGUUUCAGGCACCUCAUCAUGCAAGGGGGCAGCGGUAGCGGUAUCAAGGCCAUCUCAUCCUUCUUUGAGGAGGUGGAGCAGAUGAUCAGAUCCGGAACCCUCGACCUAGGGCCAUCCUCUGACCCCCUGCAAGAUAGGCUGCGGCAGCUCCAUUACGAUUGUGAACGGAGCGGGCUGGUGGACAAGAGCACCGACCUCACCAUUGCAAGGAUCAUCUACUGCACAACGGUCAUGGAUCACAUUGUGGGUUUGAGCGACAAUGCGCACCCAACGGGCCUGGUGCAUGAUCAGAAGGCAUAUCUCAAGCAGCUUGGGAUCGAUGCCAAAUGUACAACCCCCGUUGGGAGGGCGGUUGCGGACUACCUGGACCAUGAAUUCUAUCCCGCGCGGUAUGCGCACUCGCUUGUGCAACAAUGGGUCGACGCCAAGUCGGAUGACCUGGAUGGUUUCUACCUCGCGUUCACCGUUGCCUUUGGAUUGAGGUCGAUGAUGUGCGGCCUGACUGCAAGGCACAACCAUCUCGAUUGCCGCGUGUCUCUGAAGGCACAUGACUUCUCCUGGUUCCUGGAUCCGCGUGUUGGUGCUGGAUACCUCAGGGAUUUUGAGACACUCAGCCGCGUUGUCAUGAGGGCCAACGUCGGAACGAUGAUGCGCAUAGAGAACGCGUUGGUGAGUAACAAGAGGGGUGCGGCAUCAAGGGCUUGUGUGGAAAAGGCGUCCACAAGGGAUCUGAAGCGGAGGAGGAUCGGAGGUGUUGCUGCAACAUGA